AAGCAUCCGUGCCGGUGGAGUUUGGGUUAAUACCUUCACUUUUGAACGCAUGGGAGUAGGCGUUACAUUUCGGCGUUAUUCUUCAAAGUCCAAAUAUGCUUGGGCCAUUCCUUGUAACGCUUUUCACAGCCCCUUUAGAACUAAUAUUUUGGAUCAAAUGGGCAAUAGCGUAUCUUGCGAUACGUUUCUACAAUGCAUUUCACAGUAGAAGGUUUGAGCUUUACGACAUCAAUUCUCUAGGAGAUCCUGUAAAACUGGGAUACAUCGUACCACCGCUAGAAAAAGAACUUGAAUCUCCGUUCCCAGAAUCACAUGUGCGAGAGGCAGCUGACGAAGUAGUCUUCUAUGGAGUAAAUUCAAAAUCGGAAUGUGCUCUAUUGCGUAUAGCAAGAGGUAGCAAUCAAAUAGCUGAUGCAUGGAUCUAUCUGAAACUGGCUAAUGGCAAAACCUACUGUCUCUCGGAAUCUGUUGGUUACCAACAGUCAUCCGAAGGAAUCUGUCAAACAUUCUCAUGUGGUAAACUACAAAUGCAUUACCUAUCUCCCAUGAGAAGAUGGAGGAUAUUCUUUUGUGGAAUGUUGAAAGAAACAUCUGAAGAUAGGAAAGAUCAUGAAGAAACAGCCUUUGUCAAAUUCACAUUCCUGUGGAAGGCUGCAUCAGAUGUCUAUGAUUGUACUUUCGAUACUAACCCAGAAGGAUUUGCAAAAGCAAUGGCAAGAUCUGAUUGGAGAGUCCCAUUUGUACCACCUAUCAAGAAAUUUACAGAAACGAUCAAUUUUUACCUUCAGACUGGAUGUUUAAACGGAACAGUUACAGUGAAUGAUGGAUCAGAUUACGAAAUGUACCUUUUUGGAGAAAAAAUGAGAAGUCUUGGUAAAACUUCAAACAUAGCUGGAUGUAAGUUCGUGACAGUUUUAGGAAAUACACCAGAGAAUGGAAUGAACUUUCAUCUUACAAAUUUGAUACUGCCACAAAUUGUCAACAAUUUACCUUUUGGAUUUCUUUGCGAUGACAGUGGGAAUGUAGAGAAUCUAAAAGAACUGGAUAUUAAUAUCAAACCAUUCGACAGUGAAAAUCCUCAGAGUCCCUUUUCUAUUCAUUUUACAACAGGACAAAAUUACGAAGUAAUUGGUAAUGCUACAGAACCCAUCAUUUUCUACAGUGGUCAAGCAUGGAGUGGAUUUCUUGAAAUGUCUUUCAUCGAAUUCACUCUUAGAGGCAAGAAAGGAAGUGGAAUAAUUUUGUCAGGCGAAGUGUACAAAGCUCCAAAGCAACCGACUAAUCCCUUACCAUCGGUACAAUUCCCACAAACUGUGCCCUUCACUGUACAAUUCACUGAUGAUGCAUCACAUUUUGGAGAAAUAACUGGAGGAAAAGGAUCUUCUCUUGGCAAACUGACAAGACUAAGCGAAAUUGAAAAAUCGUUCACUGUACCAAAAGGGAUUGUGGUAACAACGGCUGCAUACAAUGAAUUUGUAAAUCAGGAAAUUCUGGAUGGUAUAAAGCAUUUGGAAAAUAUAGCUUAUGGAAAACAAGUUGGUGAUUUGAAAAAAGCAUGCAAUAAAGUUUCAAAACUUGUCGAGAAAGCGCCAUUGCCGAAUAAGAUUUGUCACAGCAUUAUGGAAGAUCUGAAAGAUAUAUUCGGAGAUGAAGUCACAGAACAUAAAUUUGCCGUUCGAUCUUCAGCAACUGGAGAGGAUACUGCUGCCAUGUCCGCUGCUGGACAAAUGGAUACUUUCCUUGGAAUUCAAGGUUUCAAAGAAAUAUUUACUGCAGUGAAAAAAUGUUGGGCUUCUCAGUUUGGUCACAUAGCCAUCGAAUACAAAAGACGAAACGGGCAGAUUCUGAAUUCUCCAAUGGCGGUUGUUAUUCAAGAUAUGGUGGCCAGUGAAGUUUCAGGCGUCAUGUUUACAUGCGAUCCGGUCACUAACAACCCAUCAGUAAUAACCAUAACUGCUAAUUAUGGUCUGGGAGAAACAGUAGUAUCUGGAUCCGUGGAACCAGACACUUUUGUGAUUCGACGAAAAGAAAGUAAUAAGCUGGAAAUUGAAGAAGUUGUUGUGGGUGCGAAGCAUCAGAGGAUGGUAAUGCAAGAUUCAGGAGGUACAGCCACAGAAGACAUUGAUGAGAAUUCAAGAAACGAGGCUUGUUUAUCUAAAGAAACAGUAAUACGCCUCGGAAGAUUAGGAGUCAAAAUAGAGAAAUAUUACAAAUCAUCCAGAGACAUUGAAUUUGGAAUAGCAAAUGACAAGGUAUUCAUCUUGCAGUCCCGGCCUGUUACAAAUGUAGCUGCGGAAACAGAUUAUGAAAUACAACACGAAUUUGAUAACGCCCUCAGAUGUGAAAAUGUGUAUUACACUAUAGCGAAUGUUGGAGAAGUAUUACCAGGUGCAACUACACCUCUAACAAUUGACCUUGUGACAAAAUAUUUUAGUGUGUUUUUUGAAAGACAAUCCCUUAGAAAAAGCGGCCUAGUUGAAAAUUUUUUCAAAAGCAAAUACUUUCUAAUUGGAGUUCAACCAUUUUCAUAUCACAUGAUGAUGACUGCCGCUGAGCUGCUAACACGUUAUGGUAUUGAUACUCCUAGAACAAAAGGUUUCAUGAUAAGUGUAUUUGGUAGAAUCAUAACUGAUCCUGGCCUUCUGAAUUACGCCUAUAGCAGAUGUAAGGGAGAACCAGAAGCAUCUCUCAAAAAUGACUUGAGAUAUUACUGGGAAUUAUUCUUCUAUGAUUCAGGUUACAGUAAGAUAAGAGAAUCAAUCUUCAACUAUCCUUUAGAUUUCCUGAAAUACGACACUGCCAAAGAAACAUACGAUGCAAUAUUGCGGGCAUGCUCUGAUUUUGAUGGGGCAGCUGAAAUGCACAUGGAAAGUUCAGAAGCUUCUUCAAAUUGGAAUAUAAUGAUGUUUUCUAUUCUCUGUGGAGCAAAAGGAAACAUUGACACAGAUGUUUAUAGCGAUUUCGCUACACUCCUAGCCAGUGCUUCCAAUGUAGAGAGUGCAAACGUUCCACAGGCAAUGCAGGAAGUGGCUCUACAAAUAGUCAAAGAUAUUGGUUGUGAAAAAUUCAGCUCUAUGACCCUUGAAGAGGCCGAGGAAUGGUUGCUCACAUCACCUUCAGCAGCUGGACGUCAAUUUAGACAAUUUCUUCAAAGACAUGGCCACAGGUGCCUUAAAGAGUUUGACGUCCGGUCAGUAACAUGGGGAUCGGAUCCAAAAAUACUUAUCAAGCUCUUGCAGAAUCUUGCUCCUGCUUGCAAAGAACAACCAAAGGAUAAUGAAAACAGCAUGGGAAAAAUAUUUUCUCAACUUCACAUACCACUGAAUUUUCUGAACAAAUGUCUUUUAAGGCUAAUUUUGCCCAACUGCCGAAGAGCUAUAAGAGCAAGGGAAGCUGGUAAAUCUCUUACUAUUAAAUCAUUCGAUCACUGGAGAAAAGGAUUCAGACGACUUGGCCAACAGAUGGUGUCUGAAGGUCGCUUACCUGAAGAAGAUCUGAUUUACUUUUUGACACUUGACGAAAUAAAUGAUUUAUUAGAUACUAGAUCACCUAGUAUUAUUUCCAGAGCAACUUAUCGGCGAAAGAUAUUUACGAUUGCAGAAGAUUUUAAGUUUCCUGAAAUAUCGAGAGGACUCCCAAAACCAAUAAAUUAUGAUCAAGACAACACAGAUAAUCAAGAAUAUAUUGCAGAUUUAACCAUGAAAGGUACUCCAGUAAGUGUAGGAGUUUCAAAAGGCUAUGCAAGAGUGGCUAUGUCUUUGGAAGAGGCAUCGAAUUUAAAACCUGGCGAAAUUCUAAUAACUUACAGUACUGACAUAGGCUGGAGUCCGUAUUUCCCGAUUAUUUCUGGUGUAGUUACAGAACUUGGAGGUCUCAUCUCACAUGGAGCUGUUGUUAGUCGCGAAUAUGGAGUACCUUGUGUUGUAGGAAUGCAAGGAGCUACUAAAAAAUUUCGCACAGGUGAUUACGUGCUUCUGGAUGGAAAGAAAGGAAUUUUACAACGUUUGCCUCAACCUGAAGAAUAAAAUGCUUCUAUCUUACUGAAAACGAAUACACCUAUUAAUUGCUAACCUUUUAACAGUGGUGGCCUAUUGAAGUUUUAAAAAAAAUGCUGCCAUAAAUAUAUAGAACCACAAAAAUGAAUACUUUACUUUUAUUGAUGAUUGUAACAGACUCAUCAUGAAAUAAUUUGAAAGCUGUUAUGAAUUAUUAACUAAAUAAAUCCGAAGCAUCUGAAAUUAAACAAAAGUUGAUGAAUAGCAAAGAUAUAUGUAUUUCUCAACAGAAUCAAAUUAGUUAAGAUUUUUUUAAAAAUAUUUCUAUUGAAAUCAAAAUUUUAUCUUCCACGUGCAUAAAUUUUGGAAUAUUAUUCCAUAAAUUAUAUUUGCAAAAUAUAAUUUAUAUAGCCAAUCAUAAUUUAUUUUGGUAAGUGAUCUGAAUGUGUAACGAAUUCCCUUGUGUAAAAAUACUUU